UUCUGUCAACGCAACCACCUGCCUCGGUCGUCAUACGAUAAAGCGAUCGGCUGCGUUCUCAUCAUCGACACACUUAGCUCCACUCACUUCUUUGACAUUCGCCAUCUCUGACCAAACAGUCACCAAUCGGUGUUCCAGAUCAUUCGCGCCACUGCACCGCCUCACUGCGUGACCCUAGCGCUCUACGUCACCUAGCGACCAAUUGACUGGGACCAAGCCGGCAUAAGCUUGCCGAGCCAUAGAUAAGACACCGACGCCUCACUUUCCAAGGCUUGAACACCUUGGGUAUUUGUGCUCUCUUGCACACACUCAGCUCACGCAACUCGCUCACCACUUCAAUCGAUGGGAGAACCCGACGAACCUUCUUUACCGCGCAGUGUCACGUCCAAGGCUGCAGCAGCACUCGGUCUGGGACGCAACAAGCACUCGCAGCCUGUCCUGCCCACCGCCAACAGCCACACUUCCCCAGCGCGUGCCGCCUCCAACACCAGCACCCUCGGCGAGAAGCCCAGCGACAGCCCCAGCAAUCAAGAUGACCAACUCAAUACCCAGGGAGAUGGAGAUUCGUCUUCCGCCGUAGAGAAGGCCCCCAAGCAGCCGCUCUCCAUCCGCAUGAAGAACGGCUCGCUCCGUUUCCUCACUCACACCAAAAAUGCCUUGACACACAGCUGGAUCAACGUCAUGCUCGUGUUCGUACCUAUCGGUAUCAUCGUCAGACUCCUCGAUCUCAAACCUGAGAUCGUUUUCUCCAUGAACGCCAUCGCCAUCAUCCCACUCGCCGGACUCCUAGCGCACGCGACCGAAGUCGUCGCCGAGCGCGUUGGAGAUACAUUGGGAGCGCUGAUGAACGUUUCUUUCGGCAAUGCCGUCGAGCUCAUUCUGUUCAUCAUCCUGCUGUCCUCCAAUCAAAUCGAAGUCGUGCAGGCGUCACUUCUAGGAUCCAUCCUAGCAAACUUGCUGCUCAUUCUGGGCAUGGCCUUCCUUCUUGGAGGUCUCAGAUACCAGGAGCAGGUCUACAACAGUACCGUGACCCAGAUGAGCGGCGUAAUGCUUGCACUGGCUGUCAUGAGUCUGCUACUUCCGACUGCAUUCCACGCUGCGUUCAGCGACAACGCCAUUGCCGACCACGAGACGCUCUAUGUCAGUCGCGGCACCAGUGUCAUUCUGUUGAUUGUCUACGGCCUGUACUUGCUUUUCCAGCUGAAGAGCCAUCGCUAUUUGUACGCCAGCACUCCUCAGCACAUCAUCGAUGAAGAGUCGCACCCGGGUGUUCUAGCUAGCGCUUUCGAGUCAUCCAGCUCAUCGUCGUCGUCUUCCAGCUCCAGCUCUGACGAAAGCGAUGGUUCUUCGCGCUCUGCCGGCACACUCCAGCGCAAGGCCAAACGCAUGGUGCGCAGGCUUCGCCGCAAGUCCAGUGCAAGCUCCAAGGAUGCUUUGGCUCAGCCGGACCUUGGAGGCGCACGCAUCGGCAGCGCCGACAGGAACGCCAGCGUUGGCAGCGCUAUUCCCCGCCAUGUUGACGAGCCGAUCAUGAGUGGCGAUGAAGCCGACGAAGACGUCAACGCACCUCGCGUCCGGGACUUCGAGGUCGCUUCACAUGCAUCUGUUCCUCACACCAAGCGCGAGAAGCGUAGGCACAAGGACAAGAGCAAGAAAAGACAUCGCCAGAAGGAGGACGUUUUUGAUGAGAAGGCAGCAGUGCCGGAGCCAAAGCCUAAAGUCGCCUUUGCCGAGGAGGUUCAAGAGGGCGACGCUGCUCCAGUAACUGGGCGCCGGGCUUAUCGACCUGCUCUUCCUUCACUGCUUUCCAACAACGUCUUCUCAAAUCCGCAGAACCCUACUCCCGUCGGCACACCCGCGCCAAACAUCCGCAUGGCAGCUCCUAGGGCGCCCCUCCGCCGGACCCGGUCGUUACCUGAGCGCAUAGAUCGUACACCGUCGCAGUCUGGCACUAAUAAUGCCAACGCGCCAGCACCUCUUCAGCAAGCUGCGAUCGUCCAUGAUGAAGACGAUGACGAGCACCCUGUCAUGUCCGUCAAAGCCGCCGUCUUCAUGUUGCUCAUCAGCACCGGCCUCGUCGCCGUCUGUGCCGACUUCAUGAGUGACGCCAUCGAGCCUAUGGUCGAAUCCUCCGGUGUCAGCCAGGCCUUCAUUGGUCUCAUCAUUCUUCCCAUCGUUGGUAACGCCGCCGAACACGUCACUGCCGUCUCUGUGGCCAUGAAGAACAAGGUCGACCUGGCCAUCGGUAUCGCUGUUGGGUCCUCAAUCCAGAUCGCCAUUUUCAUCACGCCCGUCAUCGUCAUCCUGGGCUGGAUGAUGAACAAAGAGAUGACCCUCUAUUUCAACAUCUUCGAGACUGUCGCACUCUUCGUCACAGUUCUCGUCGUUAAUUUCUUGGUUCUGGACGGCAGGAGUAACUACCUCGAGGGUAGUUUGCUCAUCGCCGCCUACGUUAUCAUUGCGCUUUCGAGUUUCUUCUACCCAGAUGGCUGCGACGCAUCUGCCAUUGGUGGCAACCAGAGCACGUGCACCGGCAACACUGUCGUUCACGCCGCGCAGAUGGUCAAGCGCCUGGCCGGGUAUUAGUCCAGCAAUAACUCGGCUUAGAGAGCCUGAAGCUGGCUACGAUUAACAUGACUAUCGGCGAUGCUGUCAUCUAACCUGCGCAUCGUACGAUUGUGGGGCUUGAGCAGGUGAAGUGCUCGCCCCGGUGGCUAUGUCCGCCCUUACGAACUGUCUUUUCCGAUCAGAUAUUUAGAGUAGUUUAGUGGUAUCACGUCUUUGGUACAGAUAAUAUCACACGUUACGAUACAACCUGACCCAUUCUUGUGAAGUCCAUCGCCCCGUGCUAUCUUCCGGCCGAGAAGCGCGAUACUAUAUGGAAAGCCAACGAGUUGCACUCACGAUUUCACGCCCUUGUUGACGUGCAUCUCCACGCCUCGUACCCAGAUCUCAAUAACCAUUCGCAAAGACACUGUGAUCCGCGAGCACCCCAA